GACUCAGUCCGACUACAAAGGUCGACUUGUUCUUCGAUUCCAUUCCAUUUCCGAUUCGUCUCCGGAGGAUUCGCUCUCUUCAAUCGUUUACCGGCGACUCGGAUUCUCCCUCGGAUCAGCGACGAAAUUAGCGAUUUGAGUGUAUUCGACGGUGUAUGGAGGUUGUUGUGGUCUUGUGGAUUGGGAAAUUUCUUGGAUCGGCUGCUGCGUAGGGGUGAAUUGAAUCGGAAGUUGCAGAGUAGUUUCAGGGAAUCGGGGGACCACUUCACGCGGUAAACGAGAGGAGUGGAGGAUAUAGAGAAUUUUUUGGAGUUUUUUUGGUGGUUGUGGUUUUCAGGAAUUUUGAAGCAGAGAUGAGCGGCGGGGAAGAGCCGGCGGCGGUGAAAUUGGACGACGAGCAGUUGGGGGAGCUGAGGGAGAUUUUCCGAUCCUUCGAUAGGAACAACGACGGUAGCCUGACGGAGCUCGAGCUCGGCUCGCUGUUGCGUUCGCUGGGGCUCAAGCCGAGCCGAGAUCAGCUCGACGCGCUGAUCCAGAAAGCUGACACCAAUAACAACGGCUUGGUAGAGUUCUCGGAGUUUGUGGCGCUGGUGGCGCCGGAGCUCCUGCCGGCGAAGUCGCCGUACACGGAGGAACAGCUGCGGCAUCUGUUCCGGAUGUUUGAUCGGGACGGGAACGGUUUUAUCACGGCGGCUGAGCUGGCUCACUCCAUGGCCAAGCUCGGCCACGCCUUGACGGCCGAGGAAUUGACCGGAAUGAUUAAGGAAGCCGACAUGGACGGCGAUGGACGGAUCAAUUUCCAGGAAUUCUCCAGGGCAAUCACCUCUGCCGCCUUCGAUAAUUCCUGGUCUUGAUUUCUUCAGGUAAGAGUUCCUUCUAAAGAAGAAUAAACACAAACAUUUGUUUCCAAGACUGCAUCCUCGAAAGAGCACACGAAAACAGUCCACAGUCUUGAUUCAUUUCUUCUGCAACAGGUUCCAUUUCUGGAAUAAGUCUCACCAUGUCGAUUCAUCCACGACGCCAAUGUUCUGGCUCUAGUUUCUUUUCCAAGCUCCGUAGUGUUACUAUAUGAUAUGAUAGUAGAAUUGCAGUCUGUUCUUGAAGUUCCCUCUAGGCCAAGAACAUGAAAAAAUACAAAACACAUUAACCGAUUCCUGUUGGCCUUUUCUGCUCGGCCCUUCCUAUGGAUGAAUUUAGAUUGAACAAGAACUUGUGGAGUAUAUAUACAAACAUAGAUCUGGCUUGCUGUUUC